AUGUGGGGAGGACAACAAUAUGGUGGAGGAUUUGAUGGUGAUUUAGGACUUAAUGCAAAUGCAAAUAUAAAUGGGUAUGGAGUUGGAGUUGGUAUGAAUACAAAUCUUGGUUUAGGUGGUGGUGGUGGUUAUCCAGGAAUUGGAUAUGGUGGAGAUUCUUAUAAUAAUUUCAAUGGUAAUAUGUAUGGACCAGGUGGAUUCGGUGGUAAUAUGUACGGUCAAGGUGGAUUGGGUGGUGGUUUUUAUUAA